AUGGAAGGCAUAGAGGGAAGCCUGCUUCCGUUGCACAGCGAAUUGAAGCUGGAGGAUGCGAUAAGCGUCUUGAAGUUCCGGCAGACCCUCCGAGAGGAGAGCGAGGAGUUUCCGCGGCCCAGGAGCGUCGACCCUGCCAGCGCAGCGGUUGCUUCGAUGCCUUCUGAGGAGCUCUCAGGCUUGCUUGAAGAUUCCUGGAGAAGUACGGAGUCGCGACGACCUUUCACAACACCUGGAGCUUCGCGGCCGCAUGGUCUGUCCAGGUCGAACACCUGCAAUUCUUCGUUCUCCAUUUCCGGCAGCGACGUUUUGCGCCCGAAGUCCAUCAUCGUUGACGAACCCAUUCCAUCACGCCUGGUGAACAUGCUCAAGCAAGCAUCCGACUUCGAGCGUCAGUCCAGGGAGAAGAGCAGUGCCUCAAGGCGGUCGCUUUUCACGCAGUCCUGUGGCUCGCUGCGGUCGAAAGCAAGCUUGUCCAGCUCGAGGCUGGGGCGGGCAAGAUCUCUCCGGCAGCAGACCAGCCGCGUGCUAGAAAGUCGCAUGGCCAGCAAGUCUUUGAACAGCCCAGUUGCACCUGCAAGCUUCCGCAAAGCAUCGGCCAACUGUGACCAUAUACCAACCCUUUUUCGGGCUUGCAUCAUGGCUUCCGUGGCAGCGCCUCCGCUGCUGUUACGGCCAGCGAUUUUAAGUGUUGGCCCCGUCUUUGAACGUCGGAAGGCAGUGGCGGUUUCUGAGUCUGCGAGGCCCAGGCAUGGAUUUCAGCUUUUGAGUGGUUACUUGCUGAGCCAUAUGCUGUGGCGCCGAUGGCGGCGUCAAGAGUCGAGGCCUGCCGUUUGCGUGGCCGCGUCCAAACUCUCCAUCCUUGAGGCUGGCAGCCGCUUGCAGCAGAGCGCUCGGCAACUAAUCAAGAAAAACGGCCAAGGCAUUGUCUUCAGUUAUCCGCUAUGCUUUGGACUCAAUGCCUGCAUUUGUCUCGCCCUUGGCGGAACCUCAUAUGUCUGGACUCGAAGGUGCAGACCACUCGUUCUGUGCCCCUUCCAUGUGGACACGAAGCUGUUCGGCUACUUCACGGCCAUCUAUCUAAGCUAUGGCACAUUGUGCUAUCCCUUGCAGCUGGGAGCCGCUGUGGCGCUGGCCCCAAGAUUCAGCCGCAGCUUCCGGAGGCUGAAAUCACGCAUGGGGCUCAACUGGUUCGUGGCAGGUGCUUGGCUGCUGACUCUCAUUGCAGCGAGUUUGACUGCAGUGAUGGCUGGAAUUGUUUUCGCAUUGGCACUGUGGCCAGGUUCGGCUUACAUGUUCCUCAUGGCACAAGACCGUGGCCGACGCCCUCCCGGACCCCGCCAUGGAUGGCCGCGGACCAUCGGUGCCGGUCGUCUGCCAGAGAUCAAAGGCUGCAUCAGCGACACAGAGAAGCAGAAGGUGAAGGAACUGCCCAAGAGUUCUGCGAACACGAGGCCCAAGAAGCACUCUGGGCCUCAGGACGUGUCGCUGGAAGCGGCCUGUGCCUUCUGGAAUAUAGCGACUCCAGCCGAGGAACGCCGUGCACAGCAGGCUCGGCGUAACACCAGCAAGGACAGCCAAAAAGGAGCUAAGUACUCCGGCGAUGAUGCUGUCAGCCGCGUGUUGAAUGCGGGUCCUGGAGCUCCUGAGCUGGCUCGAGCCGUUGGCUUGCCCGUACAGGUUGCCAAGGAGGCGGCAAGUUUGUUCCGCCGGUUUGGCAACAUCCCCUCCAAGGGCAGCCUCUUUCAAGGCAAACUGCAAAUGUCACGGCUUCCAGAUGUCUUGGUGGCUCUCUGUGACGUGACAGAGAUCUCCGAGAUUUCAAAGGAGUUUGUGGACUGGGCCUUGAAAGCGGCAGACAGAGAUUCUAGUAGCACCAUGGACGUCCAAGAGUUCGCGAUCUGGUACUCUUCCUUCUGCUUUGCAGAAGAGGUCACAGUCAAGCCAGAGGUGCGGGAGACUCGCGAGCUGGCACGACAGAUGGGCUUGGAGAUCGGUCAGAUAGAGCAGUUCAAGGUGGCCUUCGACAGGUACGACGAGGAUGGAAGCGGUGAGAUUGAGUUCGAGGAGUUCUCCAACAUGGUACAAGAAUUGCUCAAGAUACCUCAUGGGCAAGAAUUGCCUCAUGACCGCUUGAUGACGAUGUGGCGCUCAGCCGACAUGCAACAGAAGGGCUGUCUGGACUUUCGGGAAUUUUGCUUCUUCUACUUCCGGAUGGGUGCCACAGGGCAGGGAAGCGAUCCGAUUGCGGACUACUACCGCAAUGUGCGCCAUGUGCCUGUAGCUCCUUGA